AUGGACAACACACAAACAUCAAAUAUUCAAUACCCACUAUUAACCACUCAACAAUCAGCAAUGACUGCACCACCAACUCCGAACACCACUGACUCUCAUCCACUCUCAACAGACACACAACUACUACUCAGCAAGGAGGAACGCAUAGAGAGAGCCAUAGACUACAUGAACAAUGAAAAGAACAAGAAGGACAAAACUACAAUGUCCAAUAGAUCACUCUCCAUAAGAAACAUCGCUUUACUAUUCAACGUCCCCAAAUCAACUCUAUAUGACCGCUUGAAAAGAGGCAAGAAACAAACCACGGCGAAGAAGGGACUGGUCGCGGGGAAAGUGGAGAAAGUGGCUAUUGUGGAGGACCCCGUGGCAAAGAUGUAUGCCAACCACACACCGUUAUACACUUCCCAUCAGGAUCAGAUGAAAUUGUCCCUGGAAAGGGAAAAGGAACUUGUGAACAAGAUUAGAGCCUUGUAUCAUUGUUUGGGUAACACGGUCAAUUUAACACAAAUGAAAGAUCAUAUUGUUCAUUUGGUGGAUGAUACACCCUUGGGGAAGAAAUGGAGUACUAAUUUCACUAGACGUCAUAGUGAUGCUGUCAUUUAUGGAUUACCAUCAAAUGUAAAUUCCAUUACCAUGUCCAAUGCGAAAAGUUUUAGAAAUCAAUUCCAAUAUCUUUGGAAUUGUUUCCUACCCGUGCUUCAAUCAUCAAUAAAGAAAUUACCCGAUGAUCAACCAUUGUAUUAUAUUGUCAGAUCCACAGUUAAUGCACGUACCGUGUCUAGUGUGUUUACCUGCUUUAAAUUAGUUCGCAAUUCCACUUCUUCCUCGUCUCAUGUUAAAUAUAAUUUCAUCCUGAAUUCUCCACCAAAAAUGGUUCUCUUUCCCAUGGUAUUUGAUAAAGUGCAAAAUUCAACUACUAAUGAUGAGAAUGAUGUCAAUGCAAACAUAGAUGAGACUAUUAUGAGAGCAAUUAAUAGUGUGGAGGGGCAAGACCCAAUACAGCAGCAGCAGCAGCGAUCACAUCCACCUCAGAACAUGUUCAAAGAUUAUAGGGUGGAGAAAUUGAAUGAAGUGUUUAACGAAAUAUAUAGGAGUUUACCAGGGAUGCCAAACGCUGAAGAAAACAUUACAAACACAUCUACACAGAAACUACCAUUUGUCAUAUACGAAGCAUUCAAUGGUCAAUAUAAUUGGGACGUGGAAACGUGUGAAAAUUUGGUCAUUGAUAAGAAUAAUUUCCUUUCGUUCCCCUGGAAGCAAAACCUCUUUCAAGAAUACAUAUCAUUGCAGAUGAUUCCAAUAGUUCAAGAUUAUCAAGCCUCAGUGCUACCGAAUGGGAAAAUGACAACAAUACCGACAACAUUAAUUAAGGAUUUGCCAACAUCUACCCUGAAUAUCUCUGUUUUAUCUGAUAUGUUUAACAAACUAUUAUUAUCGUCGUCAUCAAUGUCAGUCAAUGAUAAUGUUAUGGGGAAUUUCGAAAAUGAUGAUACAAAUUCAGAAUCUGCAUCAACGACAAGAUCUUCCACUUCUGAAAAUAUAGAUGAUCAAUUAAGAUUGGAACCCAUAAGUGAUCAAUCUUCAAAUUUUCUUGAAGGAAGUACGUUGACACAAUUACGUGAUGUGGUUCAAAUGAUAAAUGAUAAUGAAGAAAAUUUGUACGAUAACAUGACUGACCCAGUUUCUAGGGAAAUAUUAACUGUUAUCUUAAAUAAAGUGAAGACGAUAGCUUCGCAAUGA